AUGGAACCCUUCAACUUGCAGGAUGAUGCGCUGCCCUACCAGCGCACCCCUCGGCGCAGUCCCAGUUCCAACUCUCUACGCGACGAACGCCGCAAGUCCACCCCAGUCAAGUCGACGCCAGUCCUGCAGAAACGCACAUCAACCGCCUCACUACGCUCUGUCUCAAACCACACAGGCCCUUCUUCCCCGCUCUUCGAUUCGCGCCGCUCCUCUGCCAACUUGGCGGGGUCCCCGACCACCGCCGCGUCGCCCGCAAUGUUGCCACCGCGCCUCCUUCCCCAGGGACCCACAGCAGCUUCGAUCGCGGCGGAGCAUUUCCAGAAAGAAGUCGAUCUACACCAAAUGGAGGAUCUACAGUCCAAGACGGUCGUUAUCGUUCAUGAUGCCUGCUACGGUCACCGAUUCUCGCGCCCCCGAACAACUAGAAACCACCUCGCCGCUAUAGUCGAGAGACCGGAGCGCAUGCGUGCUUGUGUUGUUGGUAUCGCUGCGGCGUAUGUUCGGCUCGGCCGUCGUCAUGCCGGGGGACCAUAUGCGCCGCAUCCUCAUCUGGAUAUACUUUCUCUGCCGCCACCAUUCCAAAUUCGCAAGACGGGCCGGACCCUCUUGCUUUCAGAUAAUGCUGUGGCUAACGUUCAUGGUACGCAAUGGAUGUCUGAUUUGAAUAGUAUGUGUGAUGUUGCGGAGUCUCGCCUUGCCUUGACUGGAAAGGAGCUGGUUCGGCCACCCGCUGCAGGUGGAGAUGGAGCGUCUGGUCAGAAACCCCCUCCUUCUCUUCAUGAGGGAGACCUGUACCUCUGCUCCGAAUCAUUGAAUGCAUUCCAAGGUGCUCUGGGUGGGGUUUGUGAUGGGAUUGACACGGUUCUCGGUCCCGGCCCAACGACACGGGCUUUCGUCUGUAUACGACCACCUGGCCACCACUGUUCAUCUGAUUUCCCUUCCGGCUUUUGUUGGAUCAACAAUGUCCAUGUUGGAAUAUCGUAUGCGGCUACACACCAUGGACUCACGCAUGCCGCUAUCCUCGACUUCGAUCUCCACCACGGCGAUGGUUCACAGGAGAUUGCAUUCGAUCAUAACCACAAAGCAUUGACGCCGUCACGAAACCAGUCUGCGUACGAGAAAACAGCGAUUGGGUACUACAGUCUGCACGAUAUCAACUCUUACCCCUGCGAAGACGGCAAUCCGGAGAAAGUGCGUAAUGCGAGCGUGUGUGUUGAUGGAGCGCAUAAUCAGUCUAUCUGGAACGUGCAUCUGCAGACCUGGGUGACCGAGGGCGAAUUCUGGAAUUUGUACGAAACACAAUACAUGACUUUGAUACACAAGGCACGGGCAUUCCUUCGUGCCCAUACCCAGCGCCUUUCUGAAAUCCCCUAUGGACCGCCGCCUAAGGCGGCUAUCUUCAUUUCUGCGGGUUUCGAUGCGAGCGAAUGGGAAGGGUCGGGUAUGCAGCGGCACAAAGUCAAUGUACCGACAGAAUUUUAUGCACGAUUUACUGCCGACGUUGUGCGUAUGUCCGAAGAGGAAGGCCUUGGAGUUGACGGGCGUGUGAUCAGUGUUCUAGAAGGAGGUUACAGUGACCGCGCCUUGAGCAGUGGUGUCCUUAGCCAUAUAUCUGGACUAGGAAGUGCGACACAUGGAUUGCAGUCUGAAUACGUCAAGUCUGAAAGAGCUAGCGAGGAUGUUCUGUCGGCUCUCGAUCAGCUUUCUAUUCAAGAGGGAUACGACAAGGAGUGGUGGUCUCCAAGCAUGCUUAGUGAACUGGAGAUGCUAAAUCUGCCACCGGCCAAGGAUGAAAGGGAGAAGGGCUAUUGGAAGGAUACUCGGUCAUUUUCUGCGAAGAAAGUUUCUAACCCGCGCAAAUCUUUCGGAUCAUCCACGGCCAUUGAACCCCACCAGUUGCCUCCUCUCCCAGAAGUCGGAUGGGCAACAGCAGCCCAUGAGCUGUCGAAGGUCCUGAUUCCGGAGAAUCGACAAACGACCAGCUAUCGAGCUGAAGAGCUCAACGCCGAGGCAUCCCGACAGCGACGUGACCGUCAGAUUGCGCUGGAUGGCGGUGUCAAUCCUGCAAUUGUUCCACCGCCGCCUCCAGCACCCAUUGAUGAAAAGCGCCAGCUGCGUGUACGAAAAACCAAAUCCCCGACUCCCUACUCACCCCGGCCUGCUACCCCUCGCCAACAAGCCAUGCGGAAGAAUCGACGUACAACAAUCGAUGGCAACGACCUACCCAGUCCUUCGGGAGAGUCACCAUCCGCGGAUGCGAGCCGUAGGAAGAGUGUCAGUGGAGUGGCGCCUAUCGAGAUAGGCAAUCUGGAGAGCUCUGCCAAUCCAACCAGGAGAGCAUCAUCAGCUGCAUCAAUGAAAUCCGCCACAGGAACGGUCACCGGCCUUCGAAAAUCAAACAGCACCCGACCCGCAACACCCAAACGCUCUACAAGCCCCCGCAAGGCUCCACCUGUUCCCAAGGUCCCAACUGCGUUCCUCCCAUCCAAGCUGUCGGACGAGGUCCCACCUUCCGAUGAUGUGGAGAAUCUUACAUCGGGUCUAAGGAAGAUAAAGCUAGUCAUGCCCUCGCCAGAAGAACAAGCAGCGCGCGAAAAGAAAGCCGCUGAAGAAAGCAAGUUGUCCCGUGGAAGUCGCACCCCUAAAUCUCCACGCUCUCCCCGCAAGAGCAGCAGCACCAGGACAGCACGUGGUAGAGGUGCCCGCAUUGAACCUUCAUCCAGCAUGUCACCGCCACCUCUCCCCGUUCCAACGAUCGGACUAGGCAUGCAAGAAAAUAUCAUAACGACCAGCGCAGCGGUAGUCAGUGUCGGGGCUGUCGGGGCAGGGGCUGUUGGCGUAGGGCCUGUCAGUGUAGGGGAAUCGAGACCUCUUCCAGCGCGGGCAAUCUCAUCGCCAUGGGAAGGGGCCAAAAUGGAAACAGAAACAAGCAUCGCAGACCCAAUCUGCCCAGCCUCAAAACCAACAGAAGUUCUAACACCCUCAAUGCGACCCACAUCCAUGCCCGCCACAGAACCAAACUCCAUCCCAGCCGGUAUUCCGUCACCACACACGCCUGAAUCCACAAUGAUCCCACCAGGUUCUUCGGGUAGGAGGUCGGUCUCACAUGCAAGAUCCAUUUCGCACGGAAGAUCGGUCUCGAAUACAUUCUCUCCGGCAACAACGACGGCGGCACAGACGAAGCAGGGACUACCUGUUUUCACUUCAACGAGUCCUAUCCCCUUUGCAACGGAGUUUUCUCAAAAUCCAAAUCCAAAUCAGCUACAGCAGCAAGCUGCCCAUAAUGCUAAUGCUAAAGCCAAAGCCCAGGCUCAGGCUCAGGCUUUGCAGACUUCACACCCGCACCACGAUCCUAAUCAGCAUAUCCUCAGUGAUGAAGAUAGUCCCCUCGGGCCACCGCCUGUUCCUUACAAUUUCCAACAGAAUCGGCGGUUUUAUUCGCAGUGA